CAAAAAUAAAUAAUUAAUAUUUAUUUUAAAAAUGGAUAUUUUUAAGGAUUUAUUUGCCACGCAAGGUUUCCAAUUAUGUGCGAAAGCUGUUUAGGAUGCUUAACCAACAGGAGAUCAAGAAGCUUUAUUCAAACAAUGUCAAUAAAAUUAUGCUAAUGCUUAUAAGGUUGUCGGCUAAGAGUUUCUUAGAUUCUUCAACAAUCAGCCAUCAAAGGAUAGAUACGGUCCUCCCUAGGAAAUUUGAUAAAUAAUAUAUUGAAGUAACACAAAACAAUAUUAAUA